CCGAAGAUUAAAGAUAGAAGAAUUGGGAGAAAUCGACCGAUUCCUCGAAGCGCCCCCGCCCGAUUCGAAACACGACCAGCAAACCCUAUAUUUUGUCGCCCAGAUCCAUCACUGUUUCGAUUGCUCCCCUUCCCUCUCCUUCCCCUGCCGCCGGCGUUGGCACAGGAGGAGCCGGGGAAGGUGGAGGUGGCCUUUGAGCUCGAGGCAUUGUGUCUAAUGUGAGGUACGGGCGGAAAAGGGCUCCUUUUCCUGUGCUUUUUGUCGGAAUCCAUGGAUGUUUCCGAGGAUUUCACGGUCCCGGCCGGCAGCGGAAGCGCCGCGGGGGAGGGACUGUUUGUUGGGACGUUCUCUCUGGGACUUACCCCUUCCAAUGCCUUUCGUCGGUCUAUGAGGCGGAAGAUGGACGCCAGGGGAACCGGCGCGACCUCCGGCGUCGCCAGGGUGGAGAUCGGGAAUGAAGCGGCGGCCCUGCGCGAGGCCCUCGUCAGUCACCAGCAGACGGUCCAGAAGCUGCAGGCGGAGCUGGAGGAGGAGCGGAGCGCCUCGUCGUCAGCUGCGCAGGAGGCCAUGUCGAUGAUCGUCCGCCUCCAGCACGAGAAGGCGGAGGCCAUCAUGGAGUCCCGGCAGUUCAAGCGCUUGACCGAGGAGAAAAUGACCCACGACCAGCAGGAGGUCGCCAGCCUCGAGGACCUUCUGUUCAAGCGCGAGCAGGCAAUGCAGGCACUCUCCUGCGAGGUCCAGGCCUAUCGCCAUCGCCUACUCAGCUACGGCUUUAGCCUUGACGGCGAUGCGCCUCCCUCGGAGCCGCAGACGCCUGACACGGUUACCUCCUCCUUUGCCAUUCCCGCGAUCGAGUUCCCGCAGGAGUAUCCUUCGAUUAGGUGCGUCAGCGAUGCUGGUGCCGAACUUGAUAAGUACCCUCCCGGCGCGACUCCACGCGGGCACCUCCAGAAGCUCGAGCAGCGCAUCUUCCAACUUGAGCGGACGCCAAGUAGCAUGUGUGGGAGUAUCAACGAAAAGGGAGUCAUAGUGGGGCAUUCACCUCGGGUCCGGCCAAGGCAUCUUCGAAAUAUUUCAUACGGAAGCUAUGGUUCUGUUCUGGAAUUCAACAAGGCGGAGGAGUUCCCUACAUCCAUUGAUGCUGCGUCAGAUUACGAUGAUAUGAGCGACAGAGUGUACACUGUGGAUGCCGUCCACGGAGCCAGUGACGACUAUGUUAGCACACCAAGGGAGCUUCAGAACAGAAAAUUUCGGAUGGGUAGUAGGGUUGAGGAAGUAGAAAUAAGCAAGCUUCAGAUGAGGCUACAGGCACUUGAAGCCGAUAGAGAGUCCAUGAGACAGACACUGAUCUCCAUGGGUACAGACAAGAUGCAGAGGGUAAUAUUGAAAGAGAUUGCUGAGCAAAUGUGCAAGGAAGGGCCAGCAGGAGAUAGGAUCGUAGACAAACCUUCUUCAAACAAAUCUUCUUUAGUAGCGACCAUCAAGAGUGCCAUCUCAUACCUUGUAUUCUGGAGAAAGAAGCCAUCUCGAAUCAGGUAUCCAUUCGGGAUUACAGCGGGCACUGUUGGUUUACUACUGCUUUUAGACAAGUCCUCUCGUGUAAGGCAAAAGAGACUUCUCACAAGAACACGGCUAACGACCGCAGUGAUUCAGUUAGAUAUCGACGGCUUUGAUGUUGGCAACUACUCAGAAGCAAUUUGGGAGAGAUAAACACCAACUUUCCGAUCUAUAUGAUCCUGGUUUUUGCUCUCAUUUCUUAGGUGAUGUGUUAACUAGCUGAUCUACUCUAAAGCAUUUUUUUUUCUCCCACGAAGAGAGAAAUAUUGGUUUAGAUGUAGCAAAGUAUCAAACUUUAUUGUUUAUUCUCUUUCUGAGGAUGAAUUCAU